AUGAGCUCACAUAUUGCCUUUUUAUUUAUUUUCUUUUAUCCUACCUUCUUCUUUGCCAUCCACGACGCAGAAGAGCUAACCACAGGCGAUAGCGAAAAGGAACAGAGUCUCCAUUUACCUCCUCACCACAAGCUACGGGAAAGGAAGAGGGUAAUGCCGUCGAAAGGGUCCGCUGCAAAUACCGCCACGGGAAGCCAGUUGGAGGUAUUUGACUCAAAUUUCAAGUGUCUGUACACGGUGCCGUCCCAUUUGGUGGUCCACACACCCCCGGCACGUUUUAAUAUUUCCCGACUUGUUAUUUGCCGGAACUACAGGUGCGGUGAGGCGGACUCAUGUCCAAAGGGAGAAGGCUGCCGUUUUGUACAUGCGGACGUGGACUAUUCAACGCUGGAGGGGCAACCCAUUCAUGUGAACUACAUUUGGCGUGAUGAGAAGCUUUGCAUUUAUGAGCGGCUGCCUCCCGGGGAUGUUCUUGAGGUGGUAUCCCGGAGCGGGAGUGAGAAACCGGAUUUGAUCCCCAGUGAACGUAUUCUUGUGACUAGACGCGCUUUGUCAUAUCGAGAAGACAAUUCACGACGGCUUUCUCAUUGUGUUCACUAUUACUGCAACAGGAUGUGCAAUCGUGGCGAAAAUUGUAAUUUUAUUCAUGCAGUGUAUGUGGACCCGAAUGUUGAGGGCGAUUUUAAACGUCCCCCUGCACAGUCGAUGUCUCAGUUCAACUCAUCUACUCGUUCUUCACAAACAGAUGCUUCUGACUCUCCCUUGGAAUGGAAAAGCCAAAUGAAUUCGAGUUUACGCUCGUAUGGUCGUCUCCCGUCGAAUAAGCAUUUCGGUUCUCAGGUGUUUCCUAAAACACAAUCGGCGGACUCCUUGCCCUUAAACGUGGCGCCGCAAGACCUGGGCCCCUUCUGUAUGGCUGCGUCUCAGUCAGCCAAUGAAGCUGUAACAUCUGUACCGCUCAACGGUUCCAAUAUGAGCUUUAAUAGGAACAACAAUUCUUCCGUUGAGUACAAUAAAACCUUUGAAGACGCACAUAUCUUGGGGAUAGAAAGGGGCACGCGAGGUUCUGGUAUGGGAAGCUUCACGCCGAUGUCUCAAACACCCAUGAUGUCUUCUUUGGGUUUGUCUUACGAUUCCAGUGGUGCCCUCCCGAUACCAGGCGAGGGUGCGAAAAACAUCCCUCGCGUUGCGUACAAAACAUUUGAGGGGUCUAUUGGGCAAGGCUUUUUGGGAAGCCCAUGUGGAUUUACCGUCUCUCCCGCUACACCCAUGCAAGGGGCCGGCAAUUUCUCACUCUCAUUUACUACUCCGUCGCCUUGCCAGAUGCCUCUAAAUUCUCCCCAGGAGACUGUUCUUGCUGCAUGCGGUGGAGUUAUUACGAGAAAUAAAGGUGCUGACAGGCAUUCCGGUCAUAUGGACAAACUUCUCCGCGUUUACCGCCAUAAUCCCUACAAACCGAUCAACUAG